ACAUCCUCACCAGUAUGCACACAUAACCAUUAGAAAUUAUUGUUCUAGGCAUAGGUAACAUGGGACAUGGGCUGAAGCAGCGAGGAAUAGUGAUGUUUUCACAGCACAGAUAAUGAGUAAGGGCAAUGAAACUUAACUUGGAAAGUUUUGCGCCCCAGCUCAAGUGAGCAGGACGUAACCGUGCUUUAAGCUUCUCAAAGGCAACUUCGCAGGAAGCAGACCAGACAAAUAAAACCUUAGGACUAAGUAGAUUACUCAUGGGAGCAGCAACAGUUGCAAAGUUUUUGCAGAAACUCCUACAGUAUCUUGCCACACCAAGGAAACAUGAUGAAACACAGGGACACCAAAGUUAACAAUGGAUGCGGUUACAUGAUGGCUUCUCAUUCAGAAUGAAAUAAAUCUGAAUGAAAUCAUUUGGAAUUAAAGUCUUUCCAGGUAGUUUACAUGAGAAAUAUUCAUUCCGAAUGAGGGUUUACACGGGAGAUCGCCUUUUAAUCGCCUGUAUUUGGGUCUGCGUAAGGUUUGGGGCAGGGAAGGUUUCUGAUUGGAUAGGGGGCGGGGUAGAUGUUACGUGUUUAUGUGUACUGGAACAUUGCGCAGAAAGAGUGGAAUGAACUUAAAGAGGAAUGAUACAAGUGUGAGAAAUUCUUUCAUUCGGAAUUAGAAACGGAAUAUUCCAGCCCUUUACAUUGGAUUGAAUUUUCAAUCGCAUUGGCCAUUUUCAUUCCGAAUUAGGUGUUUACAAGAUCAUAUUUUAUAGGAAUGAACUUUAAUUCUGAAUGAAAAGGGAAUUAAACUGUCCAUGUAAACGCACUCAAUAGCUUCCACCUAAGCUCCAAUGGGGCAGACUUUUCCACAGCCCACAAACUUGACCGAGUAGGCGACUGUAGUCUGCCCAAAUUCACAGUUGGCAAAAUUCAAGGUCAGGUAAGCAGCAGCUAACCUGUGGAACACAUCAGUUAACUGGGACAUAUACUGGGACCAGCUAGAGCUGUAAAUGACCACAUCAUCAAGACAUGUUUCACAACAGCAAAGCCUUUCAACACUUUUUUUUUUUUUUUUUUUUUUUACCAGAUGUUGACACUCAAGUCCUUCAAGAGAGCACCAUGACAAAUUAGUGUGCUCAAAGCACUUUUACACUACAUGUUAUAUUCCCCCAUUCACACACAAUCUGUGUUUUCUUACCUUAACUUUUAGUGUCACUUAAAGUCCAGAGAAGGGCAACUUUCUGCUAAUUUGUUUACGUUCUUUUCUUUCCUUUCAGAGAUCGAUACAUUUUUACGACAUUGCCAACCAGUGAAUAUAAUUGUCAUUACCCACUCUAAUCAAUGACGGCAAUAAGGACAAACAGCCAAAAACAGUUUUUGCUAAUACAGCAUAAUUCAUACAGAUACAGACACACUAUCUGGCUUUUUCAGAAUGGAGCUAUCUCUUUGAUCCUGAUAAUUCUGACAGAUGUUUUUGUGGACAGGAGAAGCCUGGACAGACAGCAGGGAGUGAGUCAGAUCUCAGUAGAAGAGGCUGUGAGCAGAGAAGACAUUCAGGUGGCAUUCAUCUGCACUGAGAAUGUGGCGCAUGAGGACAACAUCAGAACUUUUCUGCAGGCAGGGAAACACGUCUGUGUCGAGUAUCCCAUGACCAUGACCUACAAGGCUGCUGUGGAGCUCUGGGAUUUAGCCCAGGAAAAAGGAGUGAUUCUCCAUGAGGAACACAUCGAGCUGCUGUCAGAAGAAUACAGACAACUGAAGAGAGAAGUAGAGGGAAAAAUCCUGCAGGAAGGUACUCUUCAUUUUACUGGUGGGCCUCUGAAUCCUGGAUUUGGUUCCCAGGUUUUCAGUGGCAUUGCUCGCCUCACCUGGUUGGUCGAGUUGUUCGGUGAGUUGUCAGUAAUCGCAGCAACCACGAAGGAAGACCCUGCUAACAGCUACAGGAAGACAACUGCAAAGCUGCUAACUGCUGACAACAGACCUCUAACGUGGAUUGAGGAGCGGGGACCGGGGCUCCCCAGGGCCAAGAACAUCAACUUUCAGUUUGACUCUGGCACUCUGACACAGAUGCCUUCUGCACCCAGAGGGGCUGUGGGCCUCUUCAUGCAGGACCUGAUCUACUUCUCUGACAAGUUGGCAGGACAAGUGAGUCCAGAGGAGCUCCACAGAGAGAAAAUCAGGAUCCUACACUGCCUGCUGUUGGCAGAGAGGAUACAUCAACUCUGCCAAAGUUAAAUGGGGACCCUCCAGUUUAUGACAAUUUUAAAUCCUGAUGAAAUUGAAACAUUAAUUUAUACUAAUACUUCAUCACCAUGCCUUUAAUUUUUUGUAUUGUAGGUUGUAAAAACUAAGUAUGAAUACGUAUUAUUUAGCAGUAUUAUUUCAUCAGAGAUUAUUAUAGUUUGAAAGCUGAGUCAUUGAAUUGAACACAUUCUGACAUGAUCAGUUCAUAUCUAGAUAUGGGUGCUUAAAAGCAGAAUAUCAUAAUCACUGGAAAUUUCGUAUGGUGCAGAAUCCAGCAAAGAUUCAGUAGGUUGCACGUACUGUGUCAUCUAGACUCCAGAUCAUUAAACAUAAGGCAGCUGUUUGAUCAUGAUGAUUGUAGAAAUCUGCACACAUGGCAAUAGGAGGAUCAACCAAAUGAUCCUGUGUGUGGGAGGGAAAAGGUUUCAUAUACAGCAGUCAACUUAUUGGUGGUAUAUUUGUUUAACUGGUGGAUAGCAGUAUUGACUGUUUCACAUGAAGCUUUGAAUGUAAACUUGUUUAAUAAUAAUGUUGCAUUUAAAAAUUUUAACAUACAAAGCUGAGUGGAUGAAAUACCAUUCAUAACAACUGUUUUUGCUGCUGCUGGUACUGUUUGUUUCUGCAUUACAUCAAUAAAGCUUAUUAAUAGAAUGUCAAGUUUUGGGCCUCAAGUUUUCACAUGAGUAAAGUCAUUGCAGCUAACUCUGUGUCCUGUGUCUGGACUGUGUUCUGUUUACUAGGU